CUUAGCCUGGGUAGUAACAGAUCCAGAUGCUGUACUGGGGGUCAGGGAUGGUGCACACACCAAGGAGUAGCAGGCACAGGGAACAGUGGAGGAGCCUCAACUUAUGUCUGAGAUUCCAGCAUGCCUCCCAGAUCUGACGGACCUGCCGAGAACCACUUCAUCCUGUCCGUGCUGGCCGUGAUCUUUUGCUUCCCCCUCGGGCUUGUGGCCAUAAUCUUAUCCUACAAGCUGUGGUGAUGUGGUGAGCGGGGCAGCGACAGAAGCAUCUUCAGUCAACGCGUCCCCCAUAGGAAGGGCGAGAGCUGGAAAACUCUGCAAAGACAGGAAAUCGGAGCCGCGCCGCGCCCGCACCGCCGGCGCGCGAGUGACGUCAUAGGCAGGCGCCACACUUCAAGAGAGAGCGGGAGGCGGAGGCGGUGGUUCUGUUAUGGAGCUAGUGCGGGAAGCGCGGGAAUUGGGUCGUUGGGCGGCCGAAGAGAUGGAGGUGCCCGCAAUAGCCCGGGCCUCGGAGUCGACGCUGCGCAGGCUGUGUCUGGGCCAAGGGGCUGACAUCUGGGCCUACAUCUUGCAGCAUGUGCGCAGUCAGAGGAAUGUCAAGAAGAUUCGGGGAAAUCUACUCUGGUAUGGCCACCAGGAUAGUCCUGAGGUCCGUCGGAAGUUGGAGCUGGAAACCACUGUGUCUCGCCUAAAGGCAGAGAUCCAAGAGUUAGACCAGAGCCUGGAGCUGAUGGAGCGAGAGAAUGAAACUCAGGACAUGGCCACAGAGCAGGCACUGCAGAGCAUUCGAGACACCCAGCAUCGAGCUCUCCUUCUCCGGGCCCAAGCUGGAGCUGUGCGAAGACAGAAGGUUGGGCUCCGAGAUCUCACACAGUGGCUACAGAAUCAGCUCAAGUGCCUGCAGGACGUAGAGAGGAAGGCCAAAGUAGAUGUGACCUUUGGACCCCUGGCAUCAGCAGCCCUGGCUGUGGAGCCUGUGGUCCUGCAUGAUGUCCGAGCAGCCUGCACUCUGCGGGCUCAGUUCCUGCAGAACCUCCUGAUGCCCCAGGCCAGGGAAGGCAAUGUCCAAAGCCCACAUGAUGACCACUUUGGAGCUUCUUACCAUCAGUGGCUCAGCACAGCAGAGACACUGCUGACAAACCAUCCCCCAGGCCACGUCCUCGCUGCCCUGGAGUACCUGGCUGCAGAGCGGGAGGAGGAGAUCCGGUCCUUGUGUGCUGGGGAUGGGCUUGACGAUAUGGAGAAAUCCAGGCCCCAGGCCCUGACCCCAACAGACUCCAGCCGAGCCCUGCCAUCCAUGGUACAUCUCAUCCAGGAGGGCUGGCAGGCUGUGGGUGCACUGAUGGCCCAGCGGAGAACCCUUCUGAAGGAGCAUCAAGUCCUGACUGGCCGCCUCCAGGGCCUGGUGGAAGAGGUGGAGAGACUCAGCCUUGGACCCAGCAAGAGGAAGGUGCUAAUGCUGGGCCUUCGAUGCUGUGGCCUGCAGGCAGAGCUCAGAGCCCUGUGUACCCAGUGCCAGGAGCUGGAGGAUGUGUCUGGACAUCGGCAGCUGCUUCUGCGGGAACUGCAGACCAAGCAGCAACGCAUUUUGCAUUGGCGGCAGCGGGUGGGGGAGACCCAAGAACAUAUUCGCCUACUCAUCAAGGGAAACUCAGCUAGCAAGACACGCCUGGGCCGGAGCCCUGGAGAGGUGCUGGCUGUGGUUCAGCAAAAAGUGAUACCUGCCUCUGAGGCAGUGGCACCACAGAGCCAGGAGCUGCUGCGCUGCCUGGAAGAGGGAGCCCAGCACCUUCCUCACAUUCUGCUGAGCCCCCUGCUACGGCACAGCCCCGAAGGGUUGAAACCCCUGCCCACAAUCCUGCCAUCCAUCUACCAGCUACACCCUGCAUCUCCCAAGGGCUUCAGCCUCAUAGCACUGAGCCACAUACUGGGGCUACCUGCAGGGAAGGGACCAGAGCUGCUCCUCCCAAAAGCCGCCUCUCUUCGCCAGGACCUUCUGUUUCUCCAGGACCAGCAGAGUCUUCGGAGCAGGGAUCUGCUUUGCAUGAAAACCAGUCUGCCGCUGGGACCAUCCACACAGGAGGUGCUGCAGAUCCAGGCAUCCCAGGAAAAGGAACAGAAGGAGAGCCUGGGGCAGGCUCUGAAGAGGCUGGAGAACGUGCUGAAGCAGGCGCUGGAACGAAUCCCAGAACUCCAGGGAGUCGUGGGAGACUGGUGGGAGCAGCCAGGCCAAGCUGCCCUCUCCGAGGAGCUCUUCCAGGGCCUGUCCCUGAUGCAGUGGCGCCUACGUUGGGUCCAGGCACAGGGGGCUGUACAGCAACUGUGCAGAUGAGGAAGAGACUCAAGCGAGAGCCAAGAAUGACACCCUAGCACCUCUCCUCCCCCAGUAAAAUGUUCAAAAGAAAGCAUGGUCAGGACAAGAAGCCUGUAGUCCCUGAGCAUCCCUGCACCCUCCUUGGGCUGUUGCACUGCUCCCCUGUGCCACCCCUCCCUUUCAUCCCAUCAAACCCAAGAGAACGGUGUAUUGAGAACGCUCCGUGUGCCCCUUAAGGUCCUUGCAUCACUGUCACCCUCAACAAAUGUAGUCAAUCACCUCUUUUGUGUGCCAGCGAUACAGCACUGAACGAAAAGGCCCAAAAUGACAUUUAGGACAUGAUGGGUAGGGGGACAGUUGGUGAGAUAAGUAAGGUACAGUUACAUCAGAAGAAAACUGCUGUGAAGAAAUGAGGGUUUAGGAGGUGUGAUUUUUAAUCAGUACACUGGAAAGGACCCAAGCAGAGCCACAGGGGUGUCAGGGAGGCUCCAGCACACACGUCAGUGGUGAAAUGUGCUCAUAUGAGGGCCACUGUGGAGCCCUUUGGAGUGGAAGGUGGGAUGGAGUUAAGAGAUUUUCUUAGAGUUUUGUGUUCCGGGGUUUGUUUUGGUUUGUUUUGGAUUUUUUUGUCUUUUUGAGACAGUCUCGCUAUGCAGUUCAGACUGACCUUGGGCUCACUUUGUAGCCCAGGCUGGUCUCAAACUUGCCACAAUCCACCUGCCUCAGCCUCCCAAGUGCUGGGAUUACAGGAGUGCGCCACCAGGCCCAGCUUUUCCUUAGAGUUUUUAGUUUUCCUUUUUUGACAUUUAAAUCUAGGCACUUGGAAUUUAGCCUAGCAAUCACAUUCAAUGCUCUCUUAUUUCACAUCUAUCCCAGUGGACUUAGUAAAUUCUCAGACUGGAAAAGGAGUGAGCAGCAGGAACCAAAUGAGAAGAGAAGGGAACAGGAACUCUGGGCAGUGGUGGUGAACCUGUGGCAUGCAUGCUGCAGCACACUAUUCAUAUCACUGAAAGCUCUAAAAGGUUCGCCAUCCCUGCUCUAGGGAAAUGGAAGUCCAUUGUAUACCAGGAGCAGUGGGUUCCCCUGCUCUACAGACUCGUCAGAACUCACCUCACACUUUUUCUGUAUAUGUGUGGUACUGGGAUCAAACCCAGGUCCAUCACAUUUAGCUACAUCCCCAGCUUAAUUUUGAGACAGGCUUACUGAAUCACUAAAUCGUCCUGGCUAAUUGAACCAACACUGAACCAAUGAUAUCCCUGGCUCAGCUGCCAGAGUGCUGGGAUUACAGGCAUAUGCCACACUUGCCUUCGUUGUACUCUUACAGCCUUGUGUGUUGCAUGGCAUGGAUUGUUCUCCCAUUAUAAAGUAAAACUCUACCCACUGGUUUAAAGCACCACCUUUUGCUGUACCAAAUUUGUGUUUAAUUACACUGUCAUGCCACAUGUGGUACUUGCCUAUUAUCCCAUCACUUGAGAGGCUGAGGCAGGAGGAUUGCCUAAUGGUCAAGGCCAGCCUGAUAGCAAGACCCUGUCUUCAAAAAAAAAAAAAAAAACUGCAGACCCAUUGUGUAAGUAACUCUCCAUGUGCCACUGCCACAGUGCUUUCAUUAUAAAGGUCUUGUAAUAGUAAUAUUGCAAGCUGGCUUGUACUCAGGCCUUUAGUUUCUCCAAGAUAUCUCAGCCUCUUGUUGCUAAUUUUUUUUCUCCCAAAUGAAACAAACCAUAAACCACUUUUAUUGGUUUCACAGUAUAUUUACAAAUUAAGGAGAUUUAACAUCUCUGAUUUUCAUCCUUUUUUUUUUUUUUUUUACUUUUGUUUGUUUGUUUGUUUGAUACAGGGAUCAAAUUCACAAUCUCUGGCUUGUCAGGCAGAUACUUACACUGCUAGGCUAAAUCCCUGGCCCCUUGAUCCUUCCUUUCUCUACCUCCUUCCUUACAACUCUUCUCUCCCUACAGAGCCACCUCUCCCAACUUUCCUCAUCCCUGGCUACUAUUCCUGUCUUUACACAUUUUCUAUCCUAUGCAUGUCCUUUAUGAUCCUCCUCCCAUAGGUGGGUCCUGUCCCCUCCUCCCUACCAGACUCUAAAUGUGAGGUUCUUUAACCAUCCUCCCUGCUCAGUUUUUGUCCCCAACAAAUCUCUUUUCUCUCCCUUGACUAGAAUGUGAGCUCUAUAAAGCUGAACCCCUUUAUCAACUGCUAGCUGGGAAAACUUGUCUAGAUAUAAUUCAAAUUUCAGAUGUAAAAGAGAAAAUAUUGACAAAAUUGUCUACAUAAAAGUUUGUAUGGGGAAAAAAAGUUUGACAAAAAUAUUUGCAAUUUAUACCUAAAUCUGUGUGCAUGUGUAUGUUUCUGUGUAUAUCAAACUGGAAAAGAAAAAUUCCAAGGCCACAGAAAAAUGAGAAAUAUAUGCAAAUGGAGAGCUUUCAGAAAAGAUGUUCUGAGAAAAGCAAAUUAGCCUGUGCUUUCACACAUUUCCUACCUAGUAAUUUCAAAGAGAAUGAGAGACUCAAAGACCCCUAUUUUCCUUCCAUUAAGACAAGUAGAGAUAAUAGCCAUCAGAUCAAGGGUUGUUAAAGCUUCUAGGGAAAAAGAUAACAAGGAUCAACUGACCUCAGGAGAAAGAAUCAACAUUCUGUGUUCCUGAGGGGAUACAAUGAGAUACAAUGUGACAACACUACUCAUGAAGUAGUCACCAUCCCCAUUCCUGUAUCUGAAAAUUCCUCAUCUGAACACAUCCAUCAGUUUAAUAACCAAUCAGAUUGGAAAUAUUUGAAAAAUAAAUUUCAUCCUUACUAAA